UGCUGAGAGAAAUAUGAUGUAGGUCCCCAAGGUUUUAUUGAAUUAAUAUUUUCUUCUGUACAUUAUUUCAGGUUAUCGCUGUGGUUAUGGAUACUUUCACAGACAAUGAUAUCUUCAAAGAUCUCCUGGAAGCUUGUGGGAAGCGUAAAGUUAGUGUAUACAUCCUUUUAGAUCGUGCUUCAUUUCCCCACUUUUUGAAAAUGUGCAGAAAUCUAGAAGUUGAUCUUGAGCAGGAGAAGUUGAUGAGAGUUCGAACUAUAUCGGGAAACACUUAUUGCACAAGGUCAGGAGUCAAAAUUGUGGGGAAGGUCCAAGAAAAGUUUCUCUUGGUUGAUGGCAUAAGAGUUACAACAGGUUCUUACAGUUUCACAUGGACUGAUGGGAAACUAAGUAGCAGUAACAUCUUGAUUCUGUCGGGCCCAGUAGUCACACACUUUGACAUGGAAUUCCGGAUCCUUUUUGCACAGUCAAAGCCCAUCAACCCCAAGCUGUCAUCCAGUUGCAAGAAGAGUGGACUAGUUGAUCAACUGGUCAAGAGGACAAAGGCUUCCAGAGACUCGAUGAAGGAAGGAUUCUUCAGAAUGGAGUUUUUCUACCUUAGAGCAUUUGUAGGAAACAUGAGAAGGAAACAAAGUUGGUUGUGUGCCACCAGGGAGGGAAAGUGUGAGUCAAAUAUAAUAAUGCAGGUAUCCCCAAUGUUGACUGAGAGGAAUGUCUCUGCAGUCAUAAGGCCACAUUGGAGCAUAGAGAGGUGAGCGGUGUCCACUCAGAUUUAAAGAUAAGAAGAGCCCACUGUGCCCAUAUACAAUAUUACUUUGCAAAUCAGUUUUGUCAUGGCAGCUGCUUGGAAACAAACCUCAAAU